GCAAAUAAAACAGCUAACGUUCGGCUUCAACACACCUUUCAUUCUCUCUCUCACUGUCAGUAAACCAUGUGACUGAGUCACUCGGUCUGUAUAUGAUCAUCGAACUCAGAUUUUUUGUUUUUCUUUAUAACAAACUGAAACAGAAAAUCCACAUUAAAGAAGAAAAAUGUUUAGGUUGCACAGUAAGCAAAAGUCUCAAAAAUUUGGAGAAAGAUUUGACUUCAAAUUCUUCAAUUUUCAUGCUCUUCAGGUACCUAAAGGAUGGGACAAGCUGUAUGUGUCAAUAGUUUCAGCAGAAACAGGAAAAACAGUAACUAAAUCAGGAAAGUCGUCAGUAAGGAAUGGAAGUUGCCAAUGGACAGAGACUUUAUCGGAGUCGAUCUCGAUUUCGCAACGGGAUACUUCGAAACCGACUGGAGAUUGCCUCUUUAAGCUUGUUGUUUCCAUGGGAUCUGCUAGAACUAGCAUUCUUGGAGAGGCCAAUCUUAAUUUGGCAAGCUACAGGGAUUCAAAAACUGCUGUUCCUGUUUCAUUGCCUCUCAAAAAAUGUAUCCAUGGGACUAUCUUACAACUUAAAAUUCAAUGUCUAACUCCAAAAGAAAAAAUCAGGGAGGAGCAGUGGGAAAAGACGUCUUCAUGUGCAGAGGAUUUGAAUGUUGGCGAUGAUGAUGUGGAAAGCAAAUCAGACAUUUCUGAUAGUUCAUUGACCCAGAGUGCCGGGUCUUUUUCCAGUAACCACUUGGAUAGUCCGUUUGAUGCAGGAGAACUACUUAGUAGGGAUAAUAGUUUGUCAGCAUCAGGUUCACGUUAUAGCUUUGACCCGCUGGAAGGUUCCUUGGGCAGGGAUACUUAUUCCCCACAAAAUAACUUAAACAGCAUCACAAACAAUCAAGUUGGAAGACAGGAUUCAACUGGCUCCCAAAACAGCUCUCAUGGCUCUUAUUCUUUUAAUGAUUCUUGUAGAUCAAAUCACUCAUCUCUUAACUCAAAGGCACGCAGCAGCUUUCAGAUUCAAAGAGAUGAAAGUAAUCAGGAAUCUCGGUCUGUUGCCUCGUCACCCUUUAGGAAUGCCGGUUCGUCUAAGGACCUUCUAGAAGCUGCAGAAUCUAAAAUUGAAGAACUACGAGCAGAAGCUAGAAUGUGGGAACAAAAUGCUCGAAAAUUAAUGAAUGAUCUCGAAAAAUUGCGGAAGGACUUAUCAGACCAGUCAAAGCGUCAGUCAAAUCUUGAAAUGGAGAUUUCACAAUCACAGAGAGAAUGUAGUGACUUGAAACAUGAAAUUGAACAAUUGAAGAUCUUGUUGGAGGAAUCAACAGCAAAGCAAAAAUCUGCUGAGAAUAUAGAGUUUCAAGCAAAAGAGAUGGGGAAUCUUCAGAAAGAAUUGGAAGAUGAAGUAAGGUUUGAGAAAGAGUCCAAUGCUAACUUGGCUUUACAGCUAGACAAAACCCAAGAGUCAAAUAUUGAACUUGUUUCAAUACUUCAAGAACUAGAGGACACUAUAGAAAAACAGAAAAUGGAAAUUGCUAAUUUAUAUAAGAUGCAAUCCAGUGAUAAUAAUGUAGUAACAUAUGGCAAUGGAUUUGAAGAUAAGAAAAAUGAGGAAGGCAGUAGAGUAGUGGGGAAUUCACCUGCAUUUUUCGAACAAAAGGAUGACAGGAAUACAGAGCUGGAGUUGCGGGAGUUUCAGGAAUCUCAAAAGAAGUUAGAAUUCACCAUCCAGCUGUUGGAAACAUCUCUGCAGGAAAAGAUCCAUGAGUUAGAAGCUGUUCAAGUUUUGAAGAGUCAAGAUCUGAUGGACUGUGAAGCUCAAUGGAAAGAUAAAUUAUCUGCAAAAGAGGAAGAAAUCAUCAAUUUGGAAUCAAAGCUAUCUGAUUCUCUCAAUUCUGGUGAUAGUUUAAAUGGAGGCCGCAACAAUUUGAUUGAAGAAGCUGAAGUUUUGAGACAGAAGAUAGAGGAGCUUGAGAAGGACUGCAGUGAGCUUACAGAUGAAAAUCUAGAACUUGUACUCAAGCUAAAGCAAUCAGAACAAGAUCUAUCGAAAUCCAGUGCCUCUUCUAAUUCAUUUUCGAAUGAACAUGCAGAGAAUGGUUCUCUUUCUAUCUCUGAAUCUGAAAUAAGCAAAUUGAAAUACCAAAUAUGCAAUCCUGAAGAGGAACUCAACAAGAAAGACGUGCUUAUUGAACAAAUAUCCACUGAUCACUUGCAGGUACAAUGUUUAGAUCUUGAGAAGAACUGUGCUGGCCUGGAGAUUCAGUUACAGGCUUUCAAGGAUAAAACAAGUUAUCUGGACAAUGAACUCUGUAAAUAUCAUGCCAGAGCAGAAGAGAAGGGAAUUAUGAUCACUGACCUGCAACAACAGUUAGAAUCUUACCAGAUGAAGGAAACUAAGACUAAUUGUCAUCUAUCUGACGAUCUUACUGAAAUUAAAACUUCCGAAUCAGAUGAUGCUGUUGAAAUGUCCAAAACACUGUCCGAGUUACAUGAACAGAUUCAAUCCUGUCUAGCCAAUUUAACAAAGCAACAAUUUAUUUUGUACGCACCUGUAACAACAGACUGUUUUUUUGACAAGACAACAGACUGUUACUAUGAUUCUAGCAACAAACGUCUUUCAAAUCCUGCAGAUUCUUGUGGUCAAAAAGAACAAGCAGUGGCUAUUUUAAACAGCUUUAUCCGGCUAAAAGAUCUGUUUGAAGCAAAAGUUACCACAUGCAAUGGUGAACUGAAGCAGAACGGGGAAAUCGGAGCAACAGCCGCAAAUGUUAAUGAGAUUCAGGACAAAUUCGAGGAUCAGGAGAACACUUUUAAUGCUCCAAGUCUGGGACAGGAAGGUCAGCAAAUGGAAUUUAAAUCGGAAAUAACAGAUGAACUUAAAUCUGAUACUUUGUUGAGGGCGAAGGAGGUGGAAGCUCUAAGAUGUUGUCAGAAGGACUUGGAAACUCAAAUUUCUAGUCUUCAAAAUGAGAAAAGGAAAUUGCAGGAAAAGAUUGAAGUUAUGCUGGAAAAAAGUACGAUGUCAUCAAUUUGUAUGGAUGAUUCGCAAAAAGAAACUAUGGUGCUCAAUAGUAAUAUGAUAUUAUUGACUGACUUGGGUGCUUCACAAAAUGAUGAAUUGGUGACUAAUAGUAGCAUAGAUUCCCAUGUUUUUUCCAGUGAGAUUCCUGCGAGGAAGUCAGAGCUAGAAUGUGGUAAAAGUGAAAUAGAACUUCACCUGGCUGAACUAGUAAAAGAAAAUGUACAGUUAUCAGAACGAAUAUGCGGCUUGGAAGCACAAUUAAGAUACUUGACUGAUGAGAAGGAGUCAAGCCGCUUGGAAUUACAGAAUUCAGAAUCAAGUGCUUUCAGUCUCCAGCAAGACGUAAAAAGAUUGAAGAGUGGAUUGGAAGCAGAAAAGGGCAAUAGGAAGCAGAAGUUGCAGGAAAUGCAAGACCUAUGGUUAGAAGCUCAAGCAGAGUGUGAAUAUCUGAAAAUAGCGAAUUUGAAAUUGCGAAAUGUAUCUGAAAGUCUUAUUGAUGAAUGUAGUGUUCUUCAAAAGUCAGUUAUAGAGCUAAGAAAGCAAAAAACGGAAUUACAUGAGCAUUGUAGAAUCUUGGAAGCUGAACUGAGGGAAUCCCGGAAAAGCUUGGAUGAUAUGUUCCAGGAAGUUGAAGCUCUUGACGGAAAAUAUAUUUUGACGUUGGAAGAAAUUGCUUCAAAAGAGAAAGCCCUUUGUUUAGAACUAGAUAUGCUUUUGCAAGAUAACGAACAAUAUAAAAAAAUACUCAUCAAGGAGGAGAGCCUGCUGAAUCAGAUGUACUUGGAGAAGGCAACUGAGGUGGAUAAUCUACACAAAGAGAUUAGACACCUUACUGAAUAUAUAUCUGCAAAUCAAGAUGAGAAGGAAAGGACAGCUUUGGCAGCUGUACUUGAAGCAUCUCAAUUACGUGCAGAUAAAGCUAUUAGUGAAGCUUCACUGCAAAAUUUCCAAGGAAAACUUAAAUUAUCUGAGAGUAAUCUCAGUACCCUCCAGAUGGAAUCAGAAACGAAGCUGUUUGGACUUCAGAAUGAGCUCGUAGCUUCGAAACAAAACCAGGAAAUUCUGAUGGCUGACCAUGAAAAGCUAUUAGAAUUGUUGGAAGACGUGAAAUUCAAUGAAGAAAAACAUAAAAGUGUUGUUAGGGGGCUUGAGUUGAAACUCAAAGCUUCUGCUUAUGAGAGGCUACAAUUAGAGGAAGAAAUUUCUUGCCUUAGAGUUCAACUGCAGAAAACGGCAUUGCUUGAAAAUGAAAUUUUGGCUCUUAAGAAAUCCAUCAAUGAGGUUCAAUUUGAAAAUCAGAGACUUGAAGUUUCACUGCAUAUGCUAUCCGGGGAUUAUGAAGAGAUGAAGGCUGAGAAGGUGCAACUUUUGCAGAUGAUUUCGGAAAUGGAGAUAGCUGUUUCUGAAUUAGAGCACUGUAAACGUAAUAAGAUUUCCCUUGAGGAAAAGCUUUUACGGCUGGAAGGAGAUUUAACUGCAAGAGAGGCAGUUGGUGCUCAAGAGGCUGAGCUGAAAAAUGAGCUGGCAUGGGCUAAGAGAGCAAACAAUGAACUACGCAAUAAGAUAAGACACCUUCAAGAAGAGAACCGGAUGGAAGCAAUAGAGGAUUCACAAAAGUCCUGUGGCACUAGACGACAUAUUUGUCCAGAAUCGAGUGCCAUUAGUAGUUCCUCUUCUGGUGAAUUGAAGCUCUCAAAGGUUGAUGUCAAAUGUGAUUGUGCCCCCGGAAGGUUGCAAGUUAUAGACACUGAAUCUUCAUCAAAAAUACAGCUGCUCGAAACUAAACUAGCAGAGGCCUCAGAAGCAAACAACAUGUACAAAGCGCAGCUAAAGAGUUUUUUGUUGAAGGGAUGCAUAGAUCAUUCAGGUUCUCUCAACAAUGAGACAGAUAAAAACGAAGUAGUAAAAGAGUCGGAGGGCAGUGCAUCAAUGCUUGCGAAAGAGUUAACUGAUUUGCGGGAACGAUACUUCCACAUGAGUAUUAAAUGUGCAGAGGUUGAAACGGAACGUGAACAGCUAAUGUUGAAACUCAGAAGUGUAAGUAAUGGUAACAGCUGAGUUUAUGAGAGUCCAGCAAGCACUCUGUUAUUGUUUCACAGUUUACUGCCAUCUCCAAGGUACAAAUAUUUCAUUUUUUGUCUUUUUGUAGAUCUUGUAAUACGAAGUCAUUCAAUUCAACAAAAUAACAAUCAUUUAGUGUAACUGUAAAAUAGGGCAAAGGUAGCAAAGAUUGCCUUAUUUUACAAUAACACUGGCAUGCUUCCAAAUGUAAAUAGCAUAAGAAUUGCUUCCCUUACCACAAAUUUUUGCAAUAGCUUUCGUUUGUAGUAGGCCGUCGAGCCAACUUGUGAGUUAUUUGAGAUUGUGUAAUGUCCCACAUUCAAGAUUUGUUUGAAUGGCUUA